AAUAAACAAUCAAACACGAUUCUCGUGCUCAUUCCCUUCUCAUGAAACAAAAAUCAUUCUUGUUUCCCAAGUAUUUCAUAAUUAUAUAGCAUGCAUAUUCCAUAGACAAAGAAGAAAAAUAGAAAUGAAACAGAGGGAAGAUCAGCAAUCGGUUUUAUUCUCAAAAAGCCUCCAAAGUCCAUGUUCUUCGUUACAACUUGAUCUAGACAGCUCAUUAAGGCAAGUUGAAACACAAUACCAAAAGCGAAAAGCUGGGCGGAAGAAGUUUCAAGAGACUCGACACCCUGUAUACAAAGGGGUUAGGAGGAGGAAUGGGGAAUGGGUCAGCAAGCUUCAAGAGCCUAACAAUGAGUCCCGAAUCUGGCGAGGGACAUUCUCGAGCCCAGGCAUGACAGCUAGGGCUUAUGCUGCAGCGGCCUUGGCUCUCGAGGGAGAUACUGCUUCCUUAAAUUUUCCCGAGCCUGCUAAUACAUUACCACUUGCUACUUCAUCCUCUUCAUCCUCCGUAACGGAUAUUCAGUGUGCUGCUAUGGAGGCUGCGGAGGCGUUUGGUGAUGUUGAUGCCAAAACAUCAUCUACUUCGACUUCAAUAUCGUUGUUGCCUCCACCAUUGUCAUGUUCGAAGAACUCGGAGAAUGUUGAAGGGAGUUCGAAGAUGUUGUUUAUGGAUGAAGAAGAGGUGUUUAACAUGCCAGGGAUACUUGACAGUAUGGCAGAAGGGUUGAUACUAACUCCUCCAGCUAUGCAAAAAGGGUACUAUUGGGAUGAUGAUGAUGAUGAUGAUUCAAUGGAAUUCACUCUCUGGGGUGACUAAGUUGUUCAAUUUUUGUAAUAUUUUUAUUUAAAGUUUUUUCUGAAUGCGGAUACGGACCAGUACUUUAUACGAGGGAAUGGUUGAGUAGCAUAGAGAAUAGAAACUGUAUUAUAUUAAUUAAGCAAACAAAAGAUCAGUUGAAACUUGAAAAACGUGGACCGUUAGUGCUUAGGCUAGAGCUUUGCCUUCCAGUUCGAGCUUUCAAAAACCUCCAAUGAGAAUCAAUAUUCAACCCAAAUUGAUUAAAGAAACAGAUCAGUUAAUAAUACCAUUUUCCUGUUAUAUAUUGUGGAAGCUAAGCCCAGGAAAGUUACCCAAAUACAAAUGCUUAAGUCUCAAUCGUCAACAUCCUGCACAAAAUUGGUGCCAACAGAUUAUCAAAGCGAUUUGUUGAUGAUAACAUAGAACAAAUGAUUUGAAAAAUAGAAACAGAUAAAAGGCUUACAGAAAUCAAACAGUACUGCAUUUGGACCAUGUUUAAAAGAACUAGUAGUACUUUUUACUGGAGUAAUGACAAUUUAACUGAGAAAAUUAGCAAGUGAUUUCAUUUCACCUCAAAAACGACCCAAUCACUAAAGGCCAUCUUGAAUUCAUUCACCUCUUGGAUAACAUUUGUUGGCAAAGCUAAGGAAUGGAAGAUAUAACCAUCAUAUUCAAUUCUUUAGCAUGCUUGAGAAAAAGACUUAGCUUCCCAUGUGGAUUCUUAUAAAAUUGAAGUUUGAUCCUAAAUAUUUGCAAUUUCUUUUCUUUUAUUUUUUAGUUUUGGCUUUUUUUAUGUCCAAAUCCCGAUAUAUCAAAAUAGAAUUUCUACUUCUUAUGCUUUGAUGAUUUUGUCCUUCUGUGAUAUUGAAUUUAUAAAAUUGGUUAGUACUAGUACAAGGGUUGGGUCAAAAUUUGAAAUUAAUUACUUAUUUCGUAACGGAAAAAUUAUAUA